AUGAUACAGAGCCUUGGAAAAACAAAAUUUACAAUAAUAACAAUAAUAGGUGUGGCCGUUACAACCAUUAUUAUCCUAUAUUUUACACCGAGCAGUGGCAGUGAAAAUAACUCUGAGAAAAAAAAGACAGGAAAAUCUCCCACAGCAGGGGCAUUGCAGGGCAUGGAAGAUGCCGCCAAAAGGACAGAAGCUGCAAAGAAACCCAUCAAAAAGAGUCCAGACGGGAAGAAAACCGUAAAAAAAGAGAAAGACUACAGCCUUCCAAAGCCAGAUAAAACCAGCCAGCUAGCAAAAGCCAAUCCUCCUGUCCUGCACACUAUUGAAGAUAAUUCAAAAGAAAAAGUGGAAGUUAAAACACAAGGCCUACACAGCACCACUGAAUUUCCAGAGGAAAGUAAAAAAGAAAAAAACACAGCUGCAGAGACCGACACUAGUGUAUCUGCUAAGCCAGAAAAAUCUACACCCCUUAAUAUUAACGUAGAUAUGAAGGAUAAGCCUAUGAAGCCCAUUGUGCCGCCAAAGCUCACCAUACCUAUGAAGCCAAUAAGUGUGCCAACUACUAAUCUAUACAAUGCGAAUACUACUGAUCCCAUAAGAACUAAACCUGUAGAUGCAGCAAUUCCACAAAUAUCUCCAUUAGCACGCCCAUUAUCAUCUCCACCAGCACCACCUGUGCCUCCUACUGACAUAAACAAUAAGAGAUCUCAGGAUGUGGACUCUAAAAAAGAUAGUCUUAUUGACAGCCCUAUAGAAGAUGUAAAAGAUACAGAUACAAUUCUUUCUCCAUCUCUUGAAAGCCAGAGAAAAGAAGACAAAGAAGAGCCUAUCGCAUAUAAUAAGCUGGAGGUAGAUAAAAAUACGGAUGAGUCAAAUACUGAUAAUGCAGAGCAAGAACCUCGCUCGCAUAGUGAGUAUUUUACUAAAACCCUAGAAAACUUCGAAGAAAUGUCAAAACCCAAAGAAGACAUUACUUCAUAUGAGUAUUUUAAGCGCACUAAAGGGAACAGGUCUUCAGAAAGCAGCAAUUCUCCGAUACAAAGCCCAUCAUCAAGCCCUCCCAUAAAGCCAAACUAUGAACUUCCCCAAACUAACUUUGAAAAUUGGUCCACUGGCAAAUCAAAUUCAUAUAUUCGAGCUAUGCAAAUCAAUGAGGAAGUUAAUGAGUCAAAAAACAUGCUUAAUGCACCAGAUAUAAACAUGCAAUCAGGUAAAUUAGUCAGUGCAGCUGAAAAAGAAACAUCCCACAUAAGAGGAAAGGAUACAGAGGCAGCUUUCUUGCAUAUUGAAAAGAAAAUACCUGCUUCUAUGCUCCUGGAGAAACAUCAGUCUGAUAGCGCAAAGCCUGGAGAAGAUACUUUGAAUAAGAGCAGCCCUGUGCCUACUACUGAUGCACCAACAGAUGGCAUUGAAGAAUCUUUGAACUAUGCGACUGGUGCAGAAGUUGCAGGCAAUGAGGAAGUUACCAAAGCUGGUGUAGAGGUAGAGGUUGCCAAUUUUACUGUGCAAGAAAAUGCCACAGAAACUACUAGUAAAAAUCCCGAAAAGACAUCUAGUGCAGCAGACAUGAAAGAUGAGUCUGCUAACAAAAUCAGCAGUGAUAAAUCUGCACUAGCAUCUACUGGUCCACUUGUAGACUCUGCUUCUUCACUGGAGAAAAUAGCCAUUGAUAGUGGGCUUAUCCAUCCGCCUACAGAAAAAAAAGAUGAAAAAAUGCAACAAAAUUCUCAAUUCUCCGAGCCCAAAGACAGUCCGCAAGGCGCAUACUCUAGCAUGCAGCAAAGCAAGCUUAAAGAAGACCAGGAGAAAACUAAAGAGUUUAUAAAGCAAGAGUUAAUCAGUGAAGAUAUGACAGCAAAGGUGUACGAGCCAAGGACCUACUACGAAGUCAAUGAUAAAGGAUUGCUUGUACAGGUCACAGACUUAUAA